GCGGGGCCACGCUUCCCGCCCCACCCCCGUGUGUCGGUUUGCCCCAAGGCCGGGCUACUAGGAGCGCGGGGCCGUUUGGCCGGCCCGCGUGCCCUCGGCGGGCUACGCUGUGCGCGAGCGGGUCGGGACCGGGCAUGCUGGGAGCCGCUCAGGGAACCGCCGCCACCGCCACCGCCACCGCCACCACCACCCGCGGGGCGGGUCUCUGAGGCGCGGAGAUGAAAUUCCCGGCCUCGGUGUUAGCGUCCCUGUUCCUGUUCGUGGCCGAGACCAUAGCUGCGUUCUACCUGAGCAGCACGUACCGCUCAGACGGGGACCGCAUGUGGCAGUCGCUGACGCUGUUAUUCUCGUUGAUGCCCUGUGCCUUGGUGCAGUUCACGCUCCUCUUCGUCCACCGCGACAUAAGCCGCGAUCGCCCACUGGUUCUGCUCAUGCACCUGCUCCAGCUCGGGCCCCUGUACAGAUGUUUUGAAGUGUUUUGCCUCUACUGUCAGUCCAGCCAGAACGAAGAGCCUUAUGUGAGCAUCACCAAGAAACGGCAGAUGCCAAAAGAUGGCCUUACAGAGGAGGUCGAGAGGGAGGUGGGCCAGGCGGAAGGCAAGAUGUUUACUCACCGCUCUGCCUUCAGUCGGGCAUCCGUGAUCCAGGCUUUCCUAGGCUCUGCCCCACAACUGACCCUGCAGCUGUAUAUUACUGUCCUACAGCAGAGCAUCACUACUGGAAGAUGUGUCAUCAUGACCUUGUCCCUGUUGUCCAUUGUGUAUGGAGCCUUACGUUGCAACAUCUUAGCCAUCAAAAUCAAGUAUGAUGAGUAUGAGGUCAAAGUCAAACCCCUGGCCUAUGUAUGUAUCUUCCUAUGGAGAAGCUUUGAAAUUGCCACUCGCGUUAUCAUCCUGGUCCUCUUUACCUCUGUCCUGAAGAUCUGGGUAGUGGCAGUCAUACUUGUCAAUUUCUUCAGCUUCUUCUUAUACCCCUGGAUCCUUUUCUGGCUCAGUGGCUCCCCAUUCCCCGAGAACAUUGAGAAGGCCCUGAGUAGGGUGGGCACCACCAUCGUACUGUGUUUCCUCACUUUGCUCUAUGCUGGUAUCAACAUGUUCUGCUGGUCAGCUGUACAGCUCAAAAUCGACAAUCCUGACCUCAUCAGCAAAUCCCAGAAUUGGUACCGGCUGCUGAUUUACUACAUGACACGAUUCAUCGAGAAUUCUGUCCUCCUGCUCCUUUGGUAUUUUUUCAAAACUGACAUAUACAUGUAUGUGUGUGCACCUCUGUUGAUUCUGCAGCUGCUCAUUGCAUACUGCACUGGUGUUCUUUUCAUGCUUGUGUUCUAUCAGUUUUUCCACCCUUGCAAGAAACUCUUUUCUUCCAGUGUCUCUGAAAGCUUUAGGUCAUGUCUCAGGGGUGUCUGUCUGUCCAAUAUGAGGAGAAAAUCCUCUGCGUCAGUAGUAAAGGUGGACAAGGACUUAAAGUCAUGCACAGAACAAGAUCCAGAUCCAGAGCAAGAUCAAGGUCAAGGUAAAGAUCCAGAUGUAAGACCUUCUACCAGUAGAGUAAGUUCUUCUGAGGUGUGGAGUGCUGUUGAUCUGUAAUCUGCUUAAUGGAACCUGAGGCUUCUCACAAGAAGGGGAUAUUGUAUUCCGGAUUACUAACUAUUCUUCAUACAAGGAAUGAGCCCAACACAGGGAAUAAGGCAGAAACCUAGCUGUCAAUUCCUUGUGAGCUGCUGCCUUUUAUAAGAGCUCUUUGAUUUGAGGUAGCUAUGGGGAGCAUUAGGGAAGCCUACUACCCCACAGUUUGUUUCACAGUUGAUUCUGUUACGUUCUUGCAGGCCUUACUGGCCAUCUCAUUGACACAGUAUCCCUGAAGUUUCAGUUAAGCUGGUUAUAUUCAUCGGAUGUAAUAAAGAAAAAUUCUGUUUUCUACACUGUUGUCCCAGUAGCCUGGUGCUUUACUGCUACUAAAUAGAGCUUUAUACAGAAGUCACCAUGAUAGUUGGAAUAGGUUGCUAGGGAUUUUACAACCUCAUUGCUGUCAUAGCUUACAGGGAGAGCUGUUCAAGUUUGUUUUAUCAGUGUGUUCCAUUUUCACCUCAUUAAGAUUUUUUGUACAUAACCAACUGUAGCCACACUGGAAUGCAAUAUGUAUUGGUUUCAAGAGCCUAGAUUUGGGAAUUUUAUUCCCUAGGAUCCAUUGGUAGUGUUAUUUAGGAAAGCUUCAGAGAAUAUCAAAAUGAUGGAAGUUUAUACAGAUAGAACUGUCUGAAGAUAUGAAUUGGUUAGACGGUAGGCUCAAUUGUCCUGAUAACUCAGUCUUGUCCUAUAACUGUGGGACAAAUCUAGUAUAAUUUUCUAAGAUUAAUGUAUUUAAGAAAAAAGAAAAGAAAACUAAGAGUUUUCAUUCCUAUCACCCCCUUCCUCGUCUGCCAGGAAAUUUUUUUAACAAGACUUACCUCAGUCCAUUUGCUGUUGUUUCUAGAAAGCCCUAUAGAAAUAUCUUCCCCAAUUCAAGUACAUAGAUGUUUUAGUUUUCAUGACUUGAAGAAAAAGAAGUGAUUUCCUCACUGCACCCCUAAUUAGAAACAUUUUAAGUUAUAGAAACUAGUGAGAUGAGCACAUGAUGUUCUUUAUGAAAUGCAUUUUGACUUGACAUUAUUAUGAGUUAAUUUUAAUAAGAUCUUCAUUUUAUCUUCUUGUACUUUCUCUUUAAUCUGGAACUAUUUAUUAUUGUUUAAAAGGGUUUGGUAGAAUAUUAGUAGUAGUCUGAAGAAAAUGCCUGUAACCCGUGCUAUUAUUUCUACCACUAAAAUAAUAAAAUAUCUAUAAACAGCCGACCAUAAAGUUCACACCAAUUUAAAAUGAGAGUUGUAGCAUAAUUUAAGAAAUUUUCAAAGGUACCUCUGUUUAUGGACAUUUACUUUUCUGACCACAUAAAUUCAUAAAACACAUUUACCUGGCUAUCCUGCUUUUUGACUAUUUUUGGUAUCAAAUUGAUGAUUAAUUUCAUGAACAGAUGAAAAUUAAUUUGGUAAAUAAACUAUACUAGAGGAUUCAUGAAACAGUAAAUAUUCUUUGAUAUGUAUUCACACUAUUAAUAUUUAUACUAUUUUAUAUUCAUAUACAUCAGUAAGGCUCAAAACUGUAGAAUGUCCAUUUUACUUUCAUGAGGCAUUUUUCCUCACUUGUAAUUCUCCUGUUUUGUCAGUAUUUCUAGUUUAAUUUUAUGAGAAUCCACAGGCAGUACAUCCAUUUUGGCUACUUUUUGUUUGUUUGUUUGUUUGUUUGUUUGUUUUGAGACAGGCAUUCAUUCCCUCUAUAGACCAGGCUGGCCUCGAACUCACAGAGAUCUGCCUGCCUCUGCCUCCCGAGUGCUGGGAUUAAAGGCAUGCACCACCACUGCCUGGAGUCAUUUUGACUGCUUUUAACAUUUAAAAAUGAAACUUAAGGUUGUCUGUUCUCUGUUGAUCCGUGUACCACUUUUCCUGUUUUUAGUAGGACUAGAUAAAGUUAGCAUACAUCAUCAAAAUGAUACUUUAUACAGCAGAUAUUUCUCUGUACUUUGUACUUUUCAUAUUUAGAGGUACAAAUCUGUAAUACAGGGAAAAUGUCUUUGAAAUUAUAUAACAAUUCCAGGUAAACCAAAGUUCAAAUGCUAAAGCACUCUUGGUUAGUUCAUAAUUUAAGGUGUUCAAAAUGAGAGUUGGAAGACUGUUCCUAAGUCAUUCCAAAAUACUUUCCUCUGUCAAAUGACUUCGUUAUGUUUACAGACACCAUUAUUCAUCGUGUUUUUACUCUUUAAUGUGAAAGACCACCUUUCCCUGAAGGUCCACAGUGACUCGGGGGGGUAGAGGUGUGAUACCCUUUUCCAGUUUCAGGUUACGCCUUGCCACUGAGACUGGAGUCAGCUACCAGCUUGUCACUUAUUAGGCAGGUUCAGAAUUAGAUAAGAACGAGGACACUUGUGUUUUUACAGACUGGUUUAGAAACAUGGCUCAAAAUUCUUUUAAACUCUUAAUUUUCAAAUAUGUUGUAAGCUUCUUUACUUUAGACAGUUGGUAAGCAUCUUGAAUGACCUCAAACAAAACUAAUAGUUCUAAACUAUCAGACACUGAAGUGUUCAAGCUUUAUAACGACUGCUUUUUCUCUUUUAGCAAACCGGAUAUUAUUUGAGUCUCUUGGUAAAUAGGCAUUUUCCCUGUGCAGUCUCACAAGCUCACCUAAUUACUCUAUUCCUCUGUCUCCUCACUCACCAAAUUAAGAUGAUAUACUUGUUCAAGUUACCUCACAGACCUGUUAGAAAGAUUUCAUUAAGUAAUAGAUACAAAACUAUUUUUUAAACAUUUUGAAAAGAUUUUUCAAAAUUACUUAGAGUUAUUCUAUUGUUCAAGUCCAUAAACAGGUUAUUGUUUGUGAUUUGUCAUUUACUGUCUGAAAUGAAAUAAGUAAUUUCACCCACAUCAGUGUCUUGAGUGAACAUAUAGGUCUUUGUUUUUCUCUGCAAUUGCCCUCUGUUACCAUCAGUUGAUUGCAAAACUUAGUGCUCAGGGCAUGCGAGAUGACUUAGCAGGGAAAGGUGCUUGCCACCAAACCCAACACUUAGAGUCCCAUCCUUGAGACCUACAAGGUAGAAGGAGAGAAACAGUUUCCACAAGUUGUCUGAUUGUCUGAUUUCCACAAGCAUACCGUGAUGCACACACACACACACACACACACAAUGAGUGCAUAAAUACUUUAAAAGAGCCCCAAGCCCUUAGUAUGUAGCAGAAAAAAAAGAGCCAGUGCAUCUGAGAAAGUGCUUCUGGUGGCAAAUAAGUUUAUGGUCUUGAUAUUGUAUUUUAUAAAGAAUGUAACAGCAUCUUUUGAUGAUUGUACAGUACAACUUAAAUGGCUUAUUCAGUCCAUUAAUUAAAUGAGAAUGUGGUCUGUUCAAUGUUGUAAAUUGGAAAAUAAACAUUAGCAUUGACUGUCUUGAUAACACAGCAUUUCCUUGGGAUCUAUCUUACAACAUUAGUGUGGUUGUGUGUGCCAGUACAUCUCAGCCAAUGGAUUGUGGAUAUGAGCUUUUGUGGACAGCUUCUCUUAGUCACUGGUUGAAAUAUUGUUUAUGAUUCUUCAUAUAAUAAAUUAAUUUUUUCAAA